UGGUGUUACCUGCCAAGCUGGAACUGGUUUCACCUUUGACGUCCCCAUGGGUGUGUCGGUGGAUACUAUUAUAAACUUUGCAUGCCAACAGUGUUGCAGAGAUAAUCAAGGGGAACACAGCUGGAGCUGCUACUGUUCAGACUGCAGAAAUGGCCACCAAAAACACAGUGUCAUCUGGCUGCCCAGCACCUGAAGAUAUACCUUCUGGACUAGAUAUUUUUAGAACCAUACCAUAUGCUUUGAUUCUGCCAGAGCUGAUCUUUGGCUGCUGGGUUUGGAUCCUUGUAGCAGCUACCUCUGUGCAUUUCACUUUGCUGCAAGGAUGGGUUAUGUAUGUGUCCAUCAGUUCUUUUGUCAUUUCUUUGCUGCUCCUAAUGGGCUACCUGUUUGGCUUCCAUAGAAACAUUUCAUCCUGGAGAAUUUUGGAUAGCCUUUACCAUGGAGCCACUGGGAUUUUUUAUAUGAGUGCUGCAGCCUUACAAGCUAAUGCAACAAUCCGUUCUGAGAGAGAAGUGGCAGACGAACAUAUGCCCCUCUACUAUCAACUUAAUGCUGCAGCCACAUUCUUUGCGUUCAUCACCGCACUGCUGUACAUUUUACAUGCUUUCAGCAACUACUACCAUUAAAAAUCUCUGCAGAAGAAAAGAACAGAGUGGCAAAGACAGCAUCAAGGAGCUACAAUUAGUGUUCGAAAAUAAACUGGUUAAAAUUAAUUUAAGGACUAUAUUCUGUUAAAACUGAGAUCCCUUAGAACCUCCAACUUCUUUUAAGUUAAAAAAGAUAUUGGGUUUUGUGAAAAAAAAUUGUACAUCAUUAAUUUUAUAUUGAAGUAUCCUGUAUUCAAAUACAAUAGAAUGUAUAUACUCUGAUCCUCAAUUAUCUGGUUCUUCCAGUUAUCCAAAAUCAUGGUGUGUUUCCUUCUACUUUCCAUGUAAAAUGCUCUUAUUUACUCAAAACAGUCAUUUUUUAAAAACAUUCUGCAUUUAGGGAACAUUAGCUCAUUGGCUGAGGAUCCCCAGAAUGUUACAGAGGUUUCUGGGGCAUGUGCAGUAUCAGUUCAAAUGAGGCAUUGAGCUGAUCAGUUGAACCUCACUGUUGCCUGUCAUGAACUCAGGGGGGUGCCCAAAGCUCUCUUGUGGGCGCACAUUACAACUUGGUGGCAGAUAAGCUGUGUACUUUUAGGGAAGCUUAUGAGCUACUAAAGUACAUCUCACUGAGGAACACUUGAUAAGGUUCUGAAGUUCUCCUCGACAAAGCUUUAAAAUCAUAGAUUGGUUGAAUGUUGCUUGCUUCCCUCAGACCACAAAUCAGGUUAGAGGUAUACACUAUUCAGCGUGGUUGAAACCAACAAACUGAUGACUGUUUUCCAGCUGACCGUUAGGACCAAUUUGUGUAUGAGGUGUUGGUACAACAGCACAGUCUUGAGAGGAUUUUACUUCAGUUUUAUGGUGGAAUUAUUUUGGGGGGAUUGUACCAUCAAGUAAAUAUACUCUAAUGCCACACCAGGAUAGGACAAAUAAUGUAAUAAAAGCCAGCUGUCUCCACAUGAGGAAUACACCAAAAUGAGCCAUCUCAUGAGACUACUUCCAGGUUGAAAGUUAUAUAUGAAGUGGCCUUAAAUUAUCUUGCAAUAAUGAUGAUGUAUGUAAAGACUUUCUGUCCUUUGUUAUGACAUAGCAUAUUUGUUUCAGUGGGAAACAUGAAGUAACUUAUUAGUAAAUCUGUAUGUAUUUUUAAACUUCCUUCAUUUUGUAUUGCUAUUGUAGUUAACUAUCUUUUGCCAGGACAACAUGACUGACUUUUAUCCCUUUUA